AAUAAUAUAGAAUAUUCAACAUUUACUUUAUCUAUUGAGAUAGAAUACUCACAGUGUAGGUAAAACAACAAAGACAAAAAUAAGAAUGUUUUUAUGUAAAGGCUUAUUGGUUUGUCUUCUCUGUUUUGUCGUUGCAGCUCAAGACAAAAAAGACUAUACCUGUUCAAUUUCUUUAACUGGCAAUGGACACGAUUUAAAGACAUUAUUGAACAUGGUAUCUACUAUGCAGGGACAACUAAAGGGGAUCGAAGCAGAUGUAAAAGGUCGUCAAGGUACACUGAUUAACAGAGGUUAUAUUGGUUGCUUCAGAGACCGCAAUUCAAUGCUUCGAUCACGUAUAAUCAAACAUAUUUCACACCUUACAUUAGAGAAGUGUCGAGAGUUAUGCAGAGGAUAUACUUUUUUGGGUUUACAAUAUAGUAAUGAAUGUUUCUGUGGGAACACCAUCGACUCUGCCAAUCACAGACCUGCUCCAGAGAGAGAAUGUAACAUGAAAUGUAGCGGUGAAAACCGAAUGUGUGGCGCAGGAGAUAGAAAUUCAGUUUAUAGAGUGAAGAAUAUUGAGUGAAAGAUACUUGUUGAUGCUGUAUCGUAUAAAGAAGAUUUCCCCAAGAACAAACGCAUUCAACUUGAGUCUCCAGUAAAAUUCUAUUCGUUUGU